AUGAGCCAACUGGUCAACGGCAUAUUGGAAGAUGAUAAAUUCAAGUGAGUCUCCUUCGUUCAAAAGGUAUUAUAUUUCACAUAACUUCCAUUCAAAGAUUAAUACUUUCGAUAACUUCAACAUCUUCUACAUUACCUAUAACUCCUGCAACUCCAACAACUCCAACAACUCCACAACCUCAAAACAAAUCCAAAUAACUUUACAUAUUUCAUCUCCCUCAUUCAGUCGAAAUGUCCACACCAUCUUCUAAAGAAGUCGCUAUCAUUGGAUCAGGAUUAUCUGGUCUAACUCUCGCUCUCGCCCUUCAUCAAAACAACAUCAAAUGUCGAGUUUACGAAAGUCGUCCUGCGCCUUUGAACAUUGGAGGUGCUGUCAUGCUUUCUCCAAAUGCUCUCAAAAUCUUGAACGCCCUCAACGUCUAUGAACGCAUUCGUCACAAAGGUUACAACUUUGAUAAUCUUGAGUAUCGAACUGCUGGAGAUGGAAAAUUGGUGGAAAUUCAAGAAUUUGGUUCUGAAGAGAAAUAUGGCUUCCAGGCCCUUCGUAUUUACAGAAAUAUCCUAAUCACUGAGCUGCUUGAAAUGUUCAAGGAACAGGACAUUCCCAUCAGUUUUGGCAAAAAAUUCUCACAUGUCACUUCGGAGACCGAAAAACAAGUUGAAUGGGAAUUCACUGAUGGUACAAAGGGUACUGCACCUCUUCUCAUUGGAGCUGAUGGUAUUCAUUCCACUGUUCGUCGUUAUCUCUAUCCAGAUUUGGAGACCAAGUUCACUGGAAUGGUUGGAAUCACAGCAGCUGUACCAACAUCUCAAUUACAACUUCCGGAAGGAUAUUAUAUUCCUGUCACCUUGAUGUCCCCUAAGGGUGCAUUUGUGAUUGCUCCUCAGCAAGAAGAUGGGUCUGAGGUAUUGAUUGGAAAGCAAUUACGCAUUGAAGAGAAAGAUAGAGCUGGUUGGAAUGAUAUGUCAAACAACAAGGAAGAAAGCGUCAAAUUCUUGCAAAGUAACAAUGAUCUAUUCCCUGAGAUCGUUCACAAUGCAGUAUCCAAGAUUUCCCACGACAAGAUUAAUGUUUGGCCAUUUUAUAUCGUGCCCAAGCUCGAUAAUUGGGUAUCUCAAAAUCGUCGUGUGGUUAUCCUUGGCGACGCAGCUCAUGCAAUUCCUCCUUCUGCAGGUCAAGGUAUCAACCAGGCAUAUGAAGAUGUUUAUAUCUUUGCAUUGCUACUUGCAAAGGCAAACAAGGAGGAUAUUCAAAGUGCACUCUCUUUCUGGCAAGACUACCGACAGAAGAGAGUCGGAAAGGUUUUGGAAUUGAAUCAGCAAAUUGAUUUGAGACGUUUACCAGGAAAUUCCGCAGAUCAGAAGAGAGAACCAUUUGAUCUGGGCUGGUUGUAUAAUGCGGACUUCGAGGCAGAUGUAGAAGAGUGGAUUGCUCAGCAAAAGAAUUGAAUUGAUUAGGGCUUUUUAGUGGAUUUCGGGGAUCGUGGUGAGACAGGCUUUCUCUAGGACGGGAAAGGAUGAAAAUCGGGGACUGAAUGCAGGCAGGUUAUUGGGAGUUACGGGGUAUGAAUUAAUUGAGGAUAGACGGAAUGAAUGAAAUGCGACUUUUCUCCUCUUAAACAAGUUGACAUCUAGAAAAAGAAUUUUCCAAUUGUCUGA